AGACUAACCCUUUGGUGUCAGACAAAAUGUUUUCUAUUACAUUUUAAACAGUGUAACAUAACAUAAAACAGCAGAUUUAAAUAUUAAAACUAUGUUUAAGCAGGCGGAUUUGAGUUUUAAUAAAUAGUGGUUAAGAAAUUAAGAAAAAUGUAAAAUGUCUGGGUUAGGGUACAGUUACUAAAAUGAAUGGAAGUCAAUACAAAAUCCUAAAUAUGAUGGAAAGGCAAACUUUUGCGUGCGUGUGUGUGUGUGCGUGGGUGUGUGUGUGUGUGUGUGUGUGUGUGUGUGUGUGUGUGUGUGUGUGUGGGCUCUGGAUCCUCUGACUCUGGACUGAACUCCUGGUUUUCCGGCUGUAGUUCUUGGCUCUGGAUCGAGUGUUUUGCUGAGUUUGUGGUUAUUUUUUCUCCUUACGGAGAACUUAUGAAUCCAGGGAAAGAACUCUGAUUGGCUCAAGCUUUCAUGACCUUUAACCUCAGACAGACUGGAGCUGAUGCUACAUUUUAGUGUUUGAGCAGCUGGACUCUGAUGGUUCUAGUUCUGGUUUGAACUGUGAGCAGAACCUGAAGCAUGGGGAACGCCGAACAACUUCCUCUUUCACCUAACAACUUCCUGUCUGUUAGGGUCCAACCAGUAAGGCACAAGGACAAAGGCAUAUAUAAAAAAUAUUUUCUAUUUAUUUUUCCGAAAAAUCUUAACCAAAGGCUUUCAACAACAAAUCUCAAAAAUAUAGCAAAAUGGGCCCAAAAUAAAUCACCAACUAAGGCAGACCCAACUCAGGAUAACGAACCAAAAACUGACCUCACAAUGAACACAGGCUAAUUUAUACAUAGAGGCUAGUCUACACAAAUGAGGAGAAGUGGGAUAGGAUAUAAAGACAAACAAUGCAUAAACAUAAAUAACUAAUUCAAAACAAAACAUUUUGACUAGAACACAACUUUAAAAACAAAACAACCUAACACCAAAAAUCUUUUAGCAGUUAUGCCCUUAGUAGAGAGAGAGGCAGAUUCUUUAACAUCAAGUCUGGUGGUUGGUUCCACUUCCUGGUUUGCCUUUCAACCAGUCCUUCAAACUCAACCAGUCCUUCAAACUCAACCAGUCCUUCAAACUCAACCAGUCCUUCAAACUCAACCAGUCCUUCAAACUCAGCAAAACUAAGUAGUUAAUAAUUCAAAUAAAUAAAAGGUGUUUACUAAAUGUGUGCACCCAUAAUAGUAAACAACCUAAUGCAAUAAACACCACAAAAAGAGUGAAAUUAUAAAUAUAUUGUGUGAAAACAUUUAAAUAAAUACUAACACUGGGGAAAAGAUGGAGGAACCUCCAGACUAUCCAUUCAAAAUGUUUUAAUGUGAAAUUUUCAACCAAUAAAAUCAAUAUUUAGUGGCUUUUAAAGUCAAAUGUCAAAUAUAGUUUGGAGUUUUUUCAGCCUUAAAUUACCCUGAAAACCAUCAGGACAGAAAGUUUGAACCAGCAUGAAGCUGAUGAAGCUGAUGAAGCUGAUGAAGGUCUGGAACAUCUGCUCUGCUUCAAAUCAUGAAAACGAGAAACAAUGGAGGUUUGAAGGUUUCAGUUUUUCUGUCAUAUUUUGUUUUGAAUUAAUUAAGUCAUCAGUCAUUAUCAGUCUUUGUGGUUCUGGUUCUGCUGGCGGAUCAGAGGAAGUUCCUCCUGUUGGAUGGAUGCUGGUCUGAGCUGAACGUUGGACCGGCGUCUCCAUGGUGACAUCAUCAAACCUACAGAAGGACGACAGGACGUCCAUCCUGACUCUCCGGAUCAUUCCUGAUCAGAGUGUCAGCUCCAGCUGUUCCUCUGGGACCAAUCCAGCACCACGAUCCAGACCCGGCUCCCGGUCUGGGACCAGAACUGGGUCAUACUCAGCCGGAUCUGAUCGAUCCGGGUUUCUCAUGGUUCCUCCUGUUCAUGUCUUUCAUUUCUGCUCUUCACUCCAAGAUUUCUCCCAGCAGCUGAAGGAAAAUCUGUUAGGGAACCAGAACCUCUGAGGCCAUCUGGAGUCUGAUGGUUCAGAGUCCAGAAACAUUUCUGAUGGUUCUGGUUUCUUAUAUCUAUAUUCCUGAAGGCGGCACCUUUAAGAGAAACUAGCAGCAAUCAUUUGGAUGAUUUCAUCUGGCAGAAGAGAUUAAAUGGCGCUUCACCAAGUUAUGCAGUUAUAAAUGUUGCCGUUUCAAAGCUAAAUAUUUCAUAUUCUGGUCUGGCUCGGUUCUGGCUCAGCUUUGGUUCUGUUCUGGGUCAGACUGGUGGAGGUCAAAGGUCAGCGGAGGCUCUGACGUUGGACCAGCUGUAAAUGAAAUGAACGGAUGUCUAGUGCGCCCCCUUCUGGUUGUGUCAGAGGUUCUGGCUCGGUUUACUGCAGAUGACGAACUGCUCACAGCAGAACCGAAUUGGAGGGUAAACCUGGAACCGGAACCGAACCGUCAGCGGUUCUGGUUGCUGAUGUUUGAUAGAAAUGGUUCUGUUGACAGCUCGGCGCCACGUGAUCACCUGUCACCUUUCCUUUUAAUUUGUUGUCAUGGAAACCAAAGAGGGAGAGAGAAGGAGAGGAAGAGCGUCCCCGCCCCCUCCCUCCGCGCCGCCGCCGCACCGGGCAGAACCGAGCCGCGCGGAUCCACCGCUUGAUCCGUCCUGAACGGCAGCCCGCGGGUCCGGACCGCCCGAACCGGACUGUGUGUGUGUGUGUGUGUGUGUUUGUUUUGCUGUGGACCGGGGGAGCCGCUCUCCCCGCGCACCGACGUCUUUUAAUGACCGGAUUCGUUUUCUGCUGCGCGAUGUACAUGGACCGAAGCAGCGUGAGCAGAGGCCCCGCCUCCUCCACCAGCCCCACCCUGCUGGCUAAGAGCCUCUCUCUGGAGCCGUCCUGCUCUCCAUGUGGUCACCAGGGGGCGCUGGACGCUGACGCUCCCCUGCAGCCCGACUCGGACCCGGGGUCAGAGGAAGGGGCAGAGCCAGCAGAGAGCGGCGGGUCCGUGAAUGACACGGGGCCACCAGAGCUGCCAGUGACCACGGUAACGGCGCCAAACCGGAUCCGCCCGCCGCUGCCGGGGCCUAAACCUCAGGUUCCCCCGAAACCCCCCCACCUGCAGCAGCAAGCUGGAGCAAUGAGGCCACGCCCCCGAGUCCCGGAGAAGUCCCUCCCACCGCCGCCCCCCUGCAGGCCCCUCCCUGCUGACCCCCGGGGGGGCUGGACCCCCCCCAGCCAGGCCGACGGCACCGCCUCCCCCACCUGCGUCCUGUCGCUCAUCGAGAAGUUUGAGCGCGAACAGAUAAUCGUGGUGCCGGACAUCACCGGGGGGGCGCUGUGCCCCCGCCCACUGGACCCUCCUUCCCCCCGAUCUUCAUCACCUCCAUCCUCUGCCUCGCCUGUCCCCCCUCAACCCGGGGGGGCGGAGCCACCCAGUAACCUCACAGAGCAGGAUGACAUCACACAAGGGGCUGAGCUAUGUGAUGAAGAUGAUGAGGAGGAGGAGGAUGAAGAGCUAGCGGCGGCCUGUCGGGACGACGUCCAUCACAAACGUCUGUCCAUGGAGUCGGGUUACAGCGCCUCAGACAAACCGCUGGAGGAGGAGGUGGUUACCGUGGAAACGGAGGAGCAGCAGCCUCCAGACCAAUCAGAGCUGCCCUCCGAGCGUCUGUCCCUCCCCUCCUCGCAGACGGACGGGAAGUUGGCCAAUCGGGACAGCGGCAUCGACAGCAUCAGCUCGCCGUCGCACAGCGAGGAGCUCUGCUUCGCCGGCGUGGACGACGGGGGCGUGGCCUAUCCCUGCAGUCCCGCCCUGCUGCCCCGCCUCUCCAGCUCCUCGUCCACCGCCGGGGAGGUGGGAGAGGGGGAGGAGCCCCGGGGGAGGGCAAGGAGGAGGGAUUUCUCUGAGGAAGGGGACAGCGACCUGGAGGAGGAGGCGGAGCUAACGCUGGUUUUGGCCCCACCCAAACCGGACCGGCAGGAAUCCGUGGAGCUGUCCGUCCAUCAGCGGGUUUUCAACAUUGCCAACGAGCUUCUCCUCACCGAGACCGCCUACGUGUCCAAGCUCCACCUUUUGGACCAGGUGUUCUGCGCCCGCCUGCUGGAGGAGGCGCGCUGCCGCUCCUCGUUCCCCUGCGACGUGGUUCAGGGAAUCUUCUCCAACAUUUGCUCCAUCUACUGCUUCCACCAGCAGUUCCUGCUGCCGGCGCUGCAGAAACGCAUGGAGGAGUGGGACUCCAACUCGCGGAUCGGCGACAUCCUGCAGAAGCUGGCUCCCUUCCUUAAGAUGUAUGGAGAGUAUGUGAAGAAUUUUGACCGAGCCAUGGAGCUGGUGAACAUCUGGAUGGAGAGGUCCGCUCCGUUCAAGGCCAUCGUCCAGGAGAUUCAGAGGGAGGAGCGCUGCGGGAACCUGACGCUGCAGCACCACAUGCUGGAGCCGGUGCAGAGGAUACCCCGCUAUGAGCUGCUGCUCAAGGAUUACCUGAACCGCCUCCCAGAGGACGCCCCGGACCACCGGGACGCCCAGAAGUCUCUGGAGCUGAUCGCCACGGCCGCAGAACACUCCAAUGCUGCCAUUAGGAAGAUGGAGCGAAUGAGGAAGCUGCUGAAAGUUUAUGAGCUUCUGGGCGGAGAGGAAGACAUCGUCAACCCGACCAAUGAACUCAUCAAGGAGGGACACAUCCUCAAGCUGUCCAAUAAGAAUGGAACCACGCAGGACCGAUACCUGAUCCUGUUCAACGACCGGCUGCUGUACUGCGUCCCCAAGCUGCGCCUGAUUGGUCAGAAGUACAGCGUCCGCGCUCGCAUCGACGUGGACGGCAUGGAGCUUAAGGAGACCAGCAGCGUCGCUGUUCCCAGCAGAACCUUCCUGGUGUCUGGAAAACAGAGAUCCCUGGAGCUGCAGGCCAGAACGGAGGAAGAGAAGAAGGACUGGAUCCAGGCCAUCCAGGCCACCAUCCAGCGCCAUGAACAGACCAUGGAGAGCUUCAGACACCUCACCUGUUCUCUGCGAGACGACGAGUCCACGCCGCCCCACUCCCCGAGUUGCGUGGAGUUGGGAAAACGAGCGCCGACUCCGAUCCGGGAGAAGGAAGUGACUCUGUGCAUGAAGUGCCAGGAGCCGUUCAACUCCAUCACCAAGAGACGCCACCACUGCAAAGCCUGCGGACACGUGGUUUGUGGCAAAUGCUCGGAGUUUCGCGCUCGCUUGUCGUACGACAACAACCGGACCAACCGCGUCUGCGUGGAUUGCUACGUGACGCUGGUGGGGGCGUCGCCAACGCCGGGGGCUAUGAGCAGCAGCAGCCAGAGGAGGCGCUCCAUCCUGGAGAAACAGGCCUCGCUGGCCGCAGAGAACAGUGUGAUUUGUAGUUUUCUACACCACAUGGAGAAGGGCGGGGGGCGGGGCUGGCAGAAGGCGUGGUUCGUCAUCCCGGAGAACGAGCCGCUGGUGCUCUACGUCUACGGCGCUCCGCAGGAUGUGAAGGCGCAGCGCAGCAUCCCUCUGAUUGGCUUCGAGGUCUCGCCGCCCGAGUCAUGUGACCGCCUGGAGCGACGCCACGCCUUCAAGAUCUCUCAGAGUCACCUGACUCUCUACUUCAGCGCCGAGGGGGAGGAGCUACAGCGCAGGUGGAUGGAUGUCCUGUCCAGGGCCGGCAGGGGGGAGGAGCCUCUCAUCCAUCUGCCAAUCGUGGAGAGCGUGGAGGAAGAAGGGGAGGAGCUUGAUGGCGAGGCGGAAGGAGAGAACACCUGAUUUCAUUGGAGUGAAGACGAAGAUGAGGCUUAAUCUGGAAAACCUGUCCUGGUCGGACCGAAGAAAAAACAGAGCCAGAACCAAACCCAAGUUAAUCCAGAACCAAACCCAAGUUAAUCCAGAACCAAACCAGAGUUAAUCCAGAACUACGUUCCCAAACAUAGAAAUAUUCUAUAAUUUACCCAAAACCAAACCACAACUCACCUACCACAAACCCAGAAACAAAACAGGAGAAAUCUCUGGACAAUUCACAUUUCAUCCAAAAUAAAUCCAUAAAUCAUCUGGAAGUAAUAAACACAGAAUUUUUACAGAAACAAAAAGUGAAAAUCAGAACCAGAACAAAUCUAGAACCUUUCAGAACAACCUGAACACAAACCAACCAGCAGCCAAUCCAGAAACAUGAAUUUGAUGCUAGAAAAUAAGAUCAAAAUCAUUAGAACCGCAGGAACCAGAACUGAUCCGGACCGGUUCUGGUUCUGAUCCGGACCACAUCUUGUUCUGGUUCUGGGCAGCAUAGUCCAGAAAAGCAACACAUCAGGAUCAGAAUUAUUCACAGAUGAGCCAGUGAAGUUCUGCUGUUCUACGGACCCGACCCGGAGAACCGGAACCAUGAAGCACACAGAACAGUUCGCUCCGCAGUCUCCAGAUCCGACCCGGAUCUUCCUCUCCAGAGGAAGCUUCUCCUCUUCCUCCAUGUUCUGUAUGACUUUCUGCUGAAGGUCCGGAUCCAGCCUGGAUCGGAUCGGAUCCUGGGAGAACUGGGUCACAGAAGGUCAGGCCGGUGAGACUGGUCCGGUCCGGUCCGGUCUCAUCCCAGAAAGUUUUCACACCUUCACAGAACUUCCUGCAGAACCAACCCAAACAGCACAAACCGGGCACAGAGUUCUGCUCAGCAGGUUCUGUCUCACAUUCCUGAGGAUCCAAAGAUCUGAAGGUCUGGUCCAACAUCCCGCCCAGGUUCUUCACAAACAGCAGGGAACCAGAACCCGACCAGAACCACAGAUCCCUCCAGUUCACAGGCUAGAACCCAUCCGUCCCGCUGGACCGGCAGGAGGUUCUGCAGAACCGGAACCGUGGAGGUGAACUACAUUACCCAGCAUCCUCUCCCCCUGCUGGUGAGGUUGGGUACAGCAGGGCUUCUGUUCUCUGUGUGAAUAUAUUUCUAUUUGUUUACAGCAGAUCUCUGAUUUACUUCUUUUUCUUCCGUCUGAAACGAUUCCAAAAAAACACAAAUGAAACGUGGAACUGUUUAAUAUUUAAUGUUGGAGAUGAAAGCUAAUUUAAAAACUGAGUUUUAUGAGUUGGAGAAAAUCUUUAGAAAUGAUGGAAAUUUCAACUUUUAGUGUGAUUUUAUAAAAACCUUGUUUCAUUUUGCUUUUUAAUGAUCAGAGUGAUGAUGUAAGACAUGAUGUCAUCUCCAGUCUGUUGGAGCAGCUGAUUGGCAAGAGCACUGACCAAUCAGAGCAGAGAUUGGUUAUCCGCUGGCAGGUUUCAGUCUUUGGUCGUUUCCUGACAGAAGAAGAAACUGAUGGAGGAACGAUGAUGACGAGGAUGAUGAUGAUGAUGAUAAUGACGAGGAUGAUGAUGAUGACGAGGAUGAUGAUGAUGAUGAUGACGAGGAUGAUGAGGAUGAUGAUGAUGAUGAUGACGACGACGGGUUUGGGAUGUCUAAUCUCUGGAAGUUCUCCACAGACUGAAUGGAGUCUCUGACUGGUUGAAGAUGCUUCCAGCGUUUAGAUGGAGCCGACUCUGUUUGGACUGGCUCUCUCUCUCUCUCUCUCUCUCUCUCUCUCUCUCGCUCUCUCUCUCUCUCUUUUUUCACUUGUUUUCCAGAAAGUGUUUUAAAAUUUUAAAUCUUCUAAAUAUUCUUGUUGUUCUCAAGCUUUGAACCACAGAUGCUCUCUGGGUUCCCAGUUGGUUCCCAUUGGGUUCCCAGUUUGUUUCCAUUGGGUUCCCAGUUGGUACCCAUAGGGUUCCCAUUGGGUUCGAAGUUGGUUCCCAGUGGGUUCCCAGUUGGUUCCCAGUGGAUUCUUGCUUUGGGUUCUCUGUGUCCGUAAGUCUGGCUGUGUUCAUUCUGCUUAAUGGAGAAACUUUUGUAAAUAUAAUUUAUUAUUUUGACCUAAUGCUCAUGUGACUAUGUAAAGGUUAAAGGUCCUCCAAUCGGAGUCACACAGGACGUUCAGACUGGUAAAGCUUAAACAGAGAUCUGACGUGUUAGUGACGCUGGGUGCUGCAGUGGAAACUGAGGGAACCUGUUAGAUCAGGUGGAUGACCUGGUGCACCUGGUGCACCUGGAGUACCAGGUGCACCA